CUGCUCUGCACAACAUCAAUUUGCGCAUUACUGGGAGAAAGCCACUAUGAAAUCGUAGCGAACCCCAACCUUUUAUUUUGUGUGUGAGAGUGAUUGUUUGUGUGAAAUUGAUGUUCUAAGAACGAAAGUUUCAUCUACAAACAUUGUUUUGAAAUAAUUACGUAAGUAUUAUAUGUAACAUAUUGUGUGUUAGUUUUCUUUGAUUACAUUUUGCUACUUUUAAUGUUACCUGUCGCCUAUAUUAGGCCAACCGAGGUCGGCUAUAUUGAACGGUACUGUGAAUUAUUUUUUGUAAAGUAAGUACAGAUCAGGUAGAAAUGUCUUUCUAGCCUCGGCUCCAAUAGAAAUUUGAGUAAGCCCACAAUUUUUAUAGUUUGUUUAAAUCUAAUAACCGAAAUGUAGAAAAUAAACCUUUUACUUUGACAUUAUUGCAAUUAACAUAGUCAUAGUCAUAGUAUGUAGCCAAUAACAAUUCUUCUAGUCUUGUAUAAGUUGUGUGUUAGUCACGUUCGGUAUUGUUAAUUAAGCAGUGAGUGUAGUUAGUGCCAUAUGGCAUAUGGCAAGGCAUAUUGUUGUAAUUUACUUCCUUGUACCGCGAACCGGUAAGUAGAUUUGGUGUUUCACCCUUGUCACAGCCAAAAAGUUAAUUAUAAUUAUACAGAUUUAUUUAUUUUAGACAUGCUCAUAGUUUUGAAAAAGAAAUACAGAUUAUUUGGUCUUCCUCCAACUCCCAAGUGUGACUAGGUAGACUAGGCCUGUUUUAAAAUACGAAUGCCUUUAAAAUAUUUAUUGAGCUAAAUUAUUAUUUGUUUUAAAAAUUAACCUAAGCCUAAGGGCAGGAUAAAUUAACUGUCAAAUUUUGGUUGUUAGGGCCCUGAGUGGUCAUUACAAUGUUCAAUUGUGAUGUUAACCAAUAUCUGUAAUGUAUUGUAUUGUAGCGGUAACGAAGCUCCUAUUUGGAAAUAAAUGAAAAGGUCUAAAAGCAGUUGUUUUAUGUAACUUUUACACUUCAUCUAUUAAUUUGAAGAUUAUUUAUUAAACUAGUAGCGAUAUGGUUUUAAAUAUUUUUUUUAUUCAAUCCCAGGUUGUGUACCAAGCUCAACUUUCGACGAAAAUUGUAAAUUUGGAAAGAAUUCACAUCUUUCUUCUUCAUUUAUAUUCGUGAUGAGAAAAGAAAUUGAUAAGGCAGUGGAGACAUUCCACAGGAUCGCUUUUGGAACCAAAAAGAAUGGGACUAAAAUUAUUUCUGAAAGUAAACUUGCGUCUUUCAUAACAGUCCUUACAGAACUGUUAUUAGCCAGAUAUGAGAAAAACUGGUUUCUAGAUAAUCCAGAAAGAGGUAGCGGCUUUCGUUGUAUCAGAGUCAACACUCAGAGCAUCGACCCAACAAUUCUGGAAUGUUUGAAAAGAUCAAAAAUUGGAAUACCUAAGUGCUUAUCUCAUACAGAAUUGACUAUUUGGGUUGACCCUGGUGUUGUGUCUUUUAGAAUCGGUGAAGAUGGUAGCAUUGGGUCUGAGGUGGUAGAUGAGGAAGUAUACAACACUAGUCUCAAAUCCAAAAUGUCAAGCCAGAGAUCGAAUUCUGAAUCUGAUGAAGGCUUCUCGUCUCGCAGUUCUAGUCCAGAGUCUUCGGCUUCUGAGCGCUCGGGGUCUGUUAGCCCACCUAUGAGUAGGUCCCCUGUCCUUACCCCUGCUAAGUCCAGUAGUCCACUGCCACCAGCUGCAAUGGAGUACAAUCCAUAUUCCCCACCCGUCCAGGUAUCUUAUCCCCAUCGCUCUCAAACUCCCUCGCAGCAGAUCGCAGGUCUGUCUCCUUCCGCUCGUCACUUUCAGCCAUCUGGAUCUCAGAGUCGACCCUUGAUGUCCCAUACCUCCAUGACUUCUUCUCCUCAAGGCGACUUCUUGGCUGGUCAGGGUCACAUUCCAAUAUCAUCAACUCAGCGUUCGUCGUCAUACUCUCGACCUAGAUCCCUGUUCCCAUCUAUGGAGAGCGGCAGCAUGUCACAUGGUUCUGUGAUGGAUGGGUUUGGAAAGGUGGCUUUUAACCCAUACUCCAUGCCAAUGAACUAUGGCGCUAACCUGCACCAACCCAGCUUUUAUGACAUUCCAGCCAUGGCAUAGUGGUUAUUACUGAAUAUCUAUAAUUGUGUGUGUGUUUAUUAGUUACUUUCCAUUUUAGUAAUAGUAAUUGUACAUCCAUUUUUCAAGAGACCUAGGCAGGUGGAAAUUGAAAAUAUACUUUCAAUGUUUUCUGUCUUUAUAAACUUUAUAUUCUAAGUGUAAUAUUCUCAAUAUAAUUUUACCUCUAAUUUUAAUUUGGCAUAUCCUUAAGCCCAAGAGUUUUGGUAUGUGUUUUCAGGCAAAUUAUGCUGCAAAGAAAUUGGAUUAAAACAAGAUAACUCGGAAUAAGUGUUGACUUCGCCCUGCGAGUUUUUAAGUGGCUAUAACUGUAACGUAAGCUAUUGUUUAUUAGGUAUUUUCAUGUGUGAAAAUUUCAUAUCAGAAUCUGCUGUAGUUAAACUUGUUCUCAGCAAUUCCGAGCAUAAGGAAUCUUCCAGGAAGUGCAUUUACUUCAAUGAGUGCCAUUUUUUUUUUAAAUUUUAUGGGCAAGGUUUUUCACAAAUAGCAGCAAUAACUUGGGGUUUAAGGAUAUUUAUUCUAUUUUAUUUCUUAAGUGUUUUUUUUUUUGUCUUAAAUAUUUUUUUGUCAAUGCCCAGGUCAAUGUUCUGAAGUAUGGCUGGUUAAAAUUAUUUUGAAACAUUAAAACAAAUCUGGUCUGUGCUGGAACAAUUUUAUUUUUGUUGUGGAAUUAUGCCCACUUUCACAACCAUACUUCAUACUCAUUUGAUCUGGGGGUAAAAACUAAAGCAAAAUUAUAUCUUACAAAAAUAUUGCCAGAAAGCCAAAAUUAGAAACCCUUUUUUUUUUUUCAAUUUUGGACGCAGAGUCAUGGGUUGGGUGGUCUUUGAGUUGUGGACAUUUUGAAGAUGACUAGGUCCUUACAUUUUAUUGUGAUUUUGUAUUCAUAUUGCAGCAGGUCAUUUCCUCUCCAUAUAACUGUAAAAUUUGUAAAGGUAUAUCUUAUCAUGAUCAUGAUGGACAUGUAUAUUAAGUAUAAGAAAAAACUUUCUGUGCAGUUUUCCAUAGUUGAUUAUGCAAUGCGUCAUGUACAUAACAUUGUACACCAGAUGAAUUUUGUCUCAUUGUUUGUUGACCAGGUAGUAAAUAGGAGUGUUGAUCUCAGGUUUGAAAUGGCAGUUAAGAAGUUGGUAAUAAUUUUAUGACAUGAGUACAUACAUAUAUAAAUAAUUGUCAUCGUUAUAAAUAUAUAUAUAUAAAUAUAUUAAUAGUAGAUCAUUUUGAACAAUGGUGUAAACUAUCUUCAGUUAAGCGGCUCCAGACCACAAAAACUGUGAUACAUUUUGAUGCCUUCACAUUAUGAUAUUAGUCAUUAUGUUGCGUGUCACCUGUUAAAAUCACACAUUGUUGUUAUCCAUACGCUUUCAGCCAUUAUUUUUAUGUCACCUAACAUCUGCCGCUAAACUGAAGAGUACGUUAAUCUGCAGUAAUUACUAAAUCAAUGAGCAGCUUUUUAAGAGUAUUAUUAAAAAAUGGAGUUUUUAUUAUAUAUAUAUAUUUAUGUAUAAACAUGGACACGAUCUUACAUAUGGAUAUAAUCAUGAAUGAGACACUUGGCUGCUAUCUUUUCAUGUGAGCAGACGGAACCAAAAUUUGAUGAGAAUGUGCUGGAGCAUGUUUUUGUGUGGAGUAUCUAUUAUACCUAUUCCAUGUUUGUCCUGACACAAUUUGUAUGAAGAUUGAGUUUGUACAUACACCACCAACUCAUGUGUAAAAUUUCAUUUAUUUAUACUGAUGGACCACUAGCAGGAUUUAGUUGGCUGAUUACCACUGAAACUCACAAUACAGGUUUUAUUAGCAUUUAAAAAAAAAAAUGGUGCUUUGGUGGUAUACUUUCACUUUGAACAGUUCAUAAAUUGACCAGUGUUUUAGAGACAUGUAUUUUUUUUUUGGGCCUGCGCUCAUGUUUCUUCCCUUCAUCUGCGCUAAGGCAUUUUAAUGAAAUUAUAGUCUUUCAGUUUUUCGCUCAUUGAUGUUACUGCUGUUCUGGACAUUUGAUUCUGUAAUUAAUUUUCAAGAUGUGUAGUAAAGGACUUAGAAUUUUAAUACAAAUUGUUUUGCCAUGUGUGACUUUAACUAUGCCUACAGGAGUUAAAGCUCAAAAUGUAUAAUGCUCUCAUAUCAUGGUUUGUUCAUGAAAAACUGCAAUCCACUGCCUAUAUAUGUAUAAAGUAUCAUAGGUCCCUAUUUAUGGUUCCAUAACAAUUCAGGUAGCCAUAUUUUAUGUAUAAGGUUUUGCAUGGAACUUGCACGCAUGAAUGGAUUAUUCUGCCUGUAAAUAUGUCAUUUUCAAAAGGCAUGUCUGCUCUGAAAAUAACAGAUUUUUAAUUUGUACAUCAAAUUUUAAGGUUUUUAGUUAGUGCUCAGUAUUUUAAAGUUUAAGUUUUUAAUAAAAGGGCAUGUCCGAUAUUUAUAGCUGCAUAUUAAACUAUGCCUUUCCAGUUUUCUUAAUUUCGUUUUCGCAAUGCACAUAGGCUGCAUUUGCUAAAGGCUAGUGAAUAUUUCAUGCAUAUUUUUAGCAUGUGGGAGCAUUAUACAUAACAAGCAUGUGUUGGUUUUUGUUUCAUUAAAAAAAAUAUUUUGGUGAGAAUUAUGAACAUAUCAGUUGCAUGUUCCUUUAAGAAUUUACUGCACUAACUUUUGUUCACCUUGUUUUUACUUGAAGCAGCAGUUCCCAAGCAAAUUACUUCAACAUUUUCUGACAGUGUGCACCAUUUUAUUUCGAUUAAAUUCUUAUAACAAAGUUGAUGUGUGACUAUUUUAGCCACAAGAUUUUAAACACAUUACCAACUAAAAUUGGGGUUAAUUUUAAAUUAAAAAAAAAAAGUAUCUAACAACUAAGUGAUUGUUUGGGAACCAUAAACAGUAUUGCUUUGGCUCUAAUUCCAUGUUGUAGGACUUACUUGUGUGCUCAGUAAUAUGAUCUCCACAUGAAUGUUGUUUGUGCAUGACAUGAAAAGAUAUCUUGCCCAAGAGCAAUCUGAUGUAAUGGAAGUUGAUGGCUGAGUAAUUAUGACGGAGAUUGUUUUUUUUAUAAUGACUUCCCUUGUUGUUGACUAGUCACAAUUAAAAGAUGCAAUGGCAGAGCUGUUAAUGGUGAUGCUGUGGCGGCUUGGCUUUGUGGCACUUAACCCUGUACUGUGUUCAAACAAAUUUUGAUUCAAAAUUCACUGUAAUGCUAUUGACUGAUUAACUAUGGACUUUAUGAAGAGCAGGUUUAACCCUGAUGUAAAUUGCUUUAUCUUGCACUAUAUGAUAAAAAAACAGACAAAAAAAAGAAAUUGUACAGAUAAUGAUGUUUGAUGAUGUCACAUGAAUAAACUUGCUUUAGUUUGAAAUAUU